UCCUGUUAGAUUUCAUGCGAAUGACGGGUAUUCAUUGAGUAAUUGUUGUAUGUGUUUAUUUGUUAAAACUUGUGGAAUAACUAUUAUUUUAUACUUCGCUGAGGACAGUGUGUGUGAGAAUACACAAUUGAAUAACUGCUGUGUUAAAUUGCUUCAAAACCAUUUGUGAGAUCAUGAUAGUUGGUUGUCUUUUCACGUACCUAUUUGAAAAUUAAAUUACUUAUUACUUUAUGCGUGGGAUGUGAAGAAUUGCUGCAUUUUGUAAAACAGAAUAGGAUGACAAAACAGUCAGUGCAAACGGUUUGCGGUUUUUAGAAAUUGAAAUAAAUACAUAUUUUGUACCAUGUCUGGUACAGAGCAAAACAUAUUGAAUUCAAUGCAGCAACUAUCUCUUCAAUCAGGUAACAGUGGUCUUAGUGACAAACCAACACAAGUAGUUACACCUGCUGUUAACAGAAGUCAGCAAUCAACAAAAGUAAGGCCAAAUUCAGUUUCACCUGCAAUUGUUACUAUUGACAGAUUAUUAAGUUUAGGCCCAACGUUGCCACCACCACCUCCAGUUAUAACAAGGGCAACAGACAUGGACCCGCAUAUGGUAGAACAGUUGAGAGCUGUAAAAGAAAUGUUAACUGUUCAAGAAGAAGAAACUCAAAGUCUAAGAGACCUAAGCCAAGAGAUGCGUGAGGAGCUUGAAAGAUAUGAAAUGGAAAAUAAAAAAUUACAAGAGCAACUCACGGAGUAUACUGAGAAAGAAAAAACACUUUCACAAAAAUUAUCAGAGAAGUCUAGGAAUAACAAAGAAAUGUGUCUCGUGUUGGAAGAAUAUGAAAGAACUAUUUCCUCACUUAUUUGUGAAAGAGACUCUGAAUUAAAAAGAUGGAAUGAAGAAAAAGCAAUAUUAAUAAGGGAACGGGACGAUGCUGCUUCACAUUUGGCUUCAACGGAAUAUGCCUUUAACGAUGUACACACUAAAUAUGAAAGAUGCAAGGUUAUUAUUCAAGGUUACAAAAGCAAUGAAGAAGCUUUGAAGCAAACUUUGGAAGAAAAUAAUGAUGCCAUACAGAAAUUAGAAGCCAGAUAUGAAACAUUGAGGCAGCACGCAAUGCAGCAGUUGAACAAGGCCAAUGCGGAAUUAGACUCUGUGAAGAAAGUACACCAAGCUGAAAUAUUAAAACUCAACGCUUUGUUGAAAAAAUGUGAAAUACGAGCCUCCAACUUGCAGGAGUCACUGGCACAGAAAAUUAAAAAUAAUGAAGAACUAACGGCCAUAUGCGAUGAACUAAUUAAUAAAGUUGGAUAAACUAUUUAUUGAAUAUUGCACUAACAGUAUCAUAGGUUUAUUUAAUAUAUUAAUAGAGUAAUAAUAAAAAUGUAACACAUAGUUUAAUAUAUAUUCACUUGAGCUUCACUGGUUUUGGACUUAACUUGAGUAUAUAAUCUGGCACCAAAAUUAAUUUUUGGUAUCUUUUGACAUCAAUAUAAGAAGAUAAUAGUCACAUAAUUAGGCAAAACUUUUACAAGUGUGUAAUACUAACACCUCCACUGUUAUUCCUAAGCAAUUUAUGUUAUGUUGAUGAUGUAGUCGACAUGCUAGAUGUGUUUCUUAGUCAUUAACAAUGUAUUAAUCACAUGUAGUAUAAAAAUGAUUACCUGCCACCAACACCAUAUAGCAUAUUGUACUUUGACUGUAUGACAAGAUGUGUAUGUAAAUUAUGGCCAAAAAUGGAAACUGGAGGUUAACAAGCUAGGCUUGACUGUAAUUAUAACAUUUCCAAGUAUAAUUACUCAAGCGGUUUAUUUGAAAUAUUUACAGUCAUAUAAUGAUAAUUUAAUAUAGUGUUGUGUAAGAUUGUAAUCAAGACUUGUUACCAUUUUUAUUGAAUAAAUUGUUUGCACAUUAAUCCUGAAUGUGUGCAAUCAGUUUCAGUGACUUGUAUAGUUACAUAUUAUUAUGAUUUAAAAAAACAAAUCAAAUUAUAACAUUUGUACUUGUUUUGUUUAUGUCUGAUUGGUGCUUGUUUAAUUGGCUUAAAAUUAAUAUUUUAUCUUACAUAAUAAUUAAAAUUUUACUAAUUUUUGGUUAUAGAAUGUUAACAAAGUUAUUCAGCUGCCAUAAUUUUAAUUUUUUACAUAGUAAAGAUAUGCUAGAAUAGGAGAAAGCAAUGUACAUGCUUUACUUAUAAAAUUAAAUAUUAAUUAAUAAUCUCCCUGGCUCUGAAAAACAUUCUCUUACACAGGUCUAGUCUGUUAAGUUAUAUGUAUUUCGCUUGUUACUUCUGUGCUUCUCUUAAAACAAUAUUGCUUAAGAAUUAAUAAUCAUCUAAACUGUCUAUAAACAACAUGAGUGUAUGAAAAUGUUGAGAUUUAUUAGAAAAUAAUUAGUCUGAAAUAGUUUGCUUUUGUACAUAUUUUGUUGUGUUGUCUAUUUUUAUGAUAAAUUGUCACCAUCCAAAUAGUCCAAUCACUGACAACAAACUGUGAGACAUAACACCUAAGUAUUACUCGUAAGUUUUUCCAAAUAUCAAUAUAUGACGGAUCCUAUAAUUUACAUUAUCUAGUAUAAUAAUAGCUAUGGUCUGGAUAAAAGAAUUUAAUCAUUCAUUUACACUAAUAGAUAUGUUAUCAUGCUAUAAAUAAUUUUGAUGUCUGUGUUAAUAAUUUAUUCCUCGGUCCAUCUUAGCUUGAAUAAUUUUAAUGAAACUUUAUUUUUCUACUUUUGAACUUAAUUGAAUUGAAGUAACCAAUAUAGUCUUUGUAGUUGUUAUUAUCAAAUUCAAACACCAUAGUAAUAAGUAUCUGGAAUGCUUGUGUUUUCUAUGCACUAUAUAAGUUUAUAUUAACAUAGUAUCAAAUCCAUAUAUUAUUAUUUUAUUGAAUAAUACAUAUUUGUUUAAAAUCUUUCCUGCCAUGUGAACAAUCAUCCCCAUAUUAAAAUUUUCACUUACUACAACUUCAAUGUUGUCAUAACGAUCUAAUACUCCUGAACCUCACAUUCCAGAAUCUAUUUUUUUAAUCAUUGUGUAUCUAAUUUUUCACAUAUGAUUACCAACAUUAUAAAUGCAGACUGAAUAUUUGGAAUUCAUAUUUUUAUGUUUAUUGGCAAAUUAUUAUAAUUUCUAAAAAUGAAUAACUUAAGUAUAAUUUAUAUUUUUUCACAAUUUUUAUUUUAAAAUCAUUCAUCUAAUUAUUAGAAUGAGCAAAUAAAAGAAUUCGUAUUUUGUAA